AUUUAACACAUAUCCUAUCUCUAUGAAUUCCGAACGAUAUCAAUGUCAGUCGUGUUGCAAAACUUAUUACCGUAGAUCAUAUUUUAACAGUAAAGCGAAUCGAAUUAUUAAAGGCAAUCAUUGACGCGGUUAUAUUAUAUCAGCAAAAAAUAAACCGACGCUGUAUGAUAACGAUUUCGUAUAAAAACCUCCUAACACAUUACAUAUCUUUCGAAAAAAGAAAGGGACGAAGUGUUAGUUAGAAACUCUUUUCGUGAAGGCUUUUUUUCAAAUAUUUCCAAAGAAGUUCUUUUUACAACGAUGGGACUUAUCGAUGACUAUGGGCUUUUCACUGGUACGAUCUGUCUCAUCUUUCUUUUGACCCUUAUAACGACGAUAUACAUCUAUAUGACGAGAAAAUUCGGUUAUUGGAAAAAACGCAACGUAUUGGAAAUAAAGCCUAUUCCAUUGUUUGGUAACUUUGCCGAUGGCUUUUUCAUGAAAAAAUGUCCUGGUGAAUUCAUAAAAACUUUUUACGACGAGUCAAGCGGAUUACCGUACAUGGGCUUUUACAUCUUCGAUAAGCCUUUCUUUUUGAUUCGCGAUCCCGAUCUUAUCAAGCACGUUCUCGUCAAAGACUUUGAUUAUUUCGCCGACAAGUAUUCUGAAACGGAUAUUGAAGAUCGACUCGGUUGGGCGAAUCUCUUCAUGAUAAAAAAUCCAGCAUGGAAAUUUCUUCGAUCGAAGUUAACGCCGUUUUUUACGAGUGGCAAAUUGAAGAAGAUGUUCGAUCUGAUGGUUUACAUUGGUAACGAUCUCGACGCGCAUUUAGAAUCUCUUUCGUUGAAAGGCAAAGGGAAAACGAUCGAUAUUAAGGAUAUCUGUGCGAAAUUCACGACCGAUCUAAUCGGCAUCACGGCUUAUGGCUUGAGAGUCAACUCGUUGAACGAUCCUAACGCGGAUUUUCGAAAAUGCGGUAAGAAAAUCUUCGAUUUCACUUGGUACCGCGGCUUCGAGAUUCUCACGAUGUUCCUGAUGCCGUCCUUGAUUAAAUUGGUAAAGCCGAAUUUCUUCGGAAAAGAGAAUUGCGAUUUCCUUCGAAGGGUUUUCUGGGAAAACAUCGAGCAUAGGAUAAGUACGGGAAUGAAGAAGAACGAUCUUAUCGAUCUUCUUAUCGAGUUGAAAACAAAUUACAAGGGACAAGAAUUUCAUGGAUUCAAAUUCGACGGGGACGAUUUGGUGGCUCAAGCAGCCGUAUUCUUCACCGGGGGCUUUGAAACUUCGUCGACGACCUUGGCCUUCUCGUUGUACGAGCUCGCCAUGCAUCCUGAAAUACAAACGAGAUUGAGAAAGGAAAUUCACGAGGCUCUCGCGAGCAACGACGAUCAACAGGUUACCUACGAUAUGGUCGUCUCCUUGCCUUAUCUGGAUAUGGUCGUCUCGGAGACCCUACGAAAAUAUCCGGUAUUUCCGUUCAUCGAACGAAUUACUGGACAUGAUUACAAAGUACCUGGUCAUGAUUUAACUUUGGAAAAGGGAACGCCAGUUUACAUAUCCAACAUGGGACUGCAUUACGAUUCACGAUACUUUCCCGAACCACACGUCUACAAUCCUGAAAGAUUCAUCGAAGAGAAUAAACAAAAUAUAAUACCGUAUACGUAUCUGCCUUUCGGCGAAGGCCCUCACAUGUGUAUCGGACUCCGGCUUGGUCUUUUGGAAUCUAAAUACGGUCUUAUACAGAUAUUAAGAAAAUACCGAGUUUCGCCAUGCGAGAAGACGCUCAUACCUAUGCGCUUAGAUCCCAAAGCAUUGACCAUUACGGCAUUGGGAGGAUUGUAUUUAAACAUAAGUGAACUUGAGAACUAUUGAUCAUUUCCUAUAUUUCAUAUUAUAAAUAUAUAUAAAUAUAUAAUAUCUGUUAGUACAUAUGUUGGGGAAAAAAAAAUAUAUUGCAAAUGAAAAAUUUUUAUUCUCGAAUUCUUCGGAUUUGUCCUCCUCGUUGUGCGUUUAGCAUUUGUCGAAAUAAAAAAUGAAUUUACAAUGAUUCGUAGAGAAAAAUUUCAACGAGACAAUAAGUAUUAAUAUUACUACUUUUUUCCCCGACAAUGCGAUAAGUAAUGUAUAAUUAGGAAAACUGCAAAGGAAGAACAUUGCUAUGUAAUUUUGUCUUGGUGGAAAUAUGCGUAUGAUGGAGCACUUUCGAUAACAUCCUACUUAACAUUUUUCUCUAAUCGUUCAUAGACAAUUAUAACUCUGACUAGCCAAUUAUUUUUAUCAAAGAGUAAAAAAAAGAAAGAAAAACGAAGCGAAAAAUAAAAGAAUCAAAAACGAUUAGAAAUUCCUCACUCGGAGGAAUAUGUGCGUUUUAUCGUAGAAAUACGUUCGAGAUGCAACGUGAUUCAAAUAUUAAAUCGAAAUAAAAUGAAUUAACAAAUAAA